GCAGAGGUGAACGUCCUCUUUAAGACAACAUCUUGUUCUUACUGUUUCGAUCCGUACAUCAUGGCAUGGCCUCCUUCUUUGAUACACAGCAAGGAUUCAGAAACUGAAAUUACUGGCAACAGUGUUGGUGAUAAUGGUCGUGUGGGCAAAGAAGAGGCCUCUCCUAUCCUUUUCACGGCAUUGCGAUCAUUCAAAGAAGCUUUGAUUGAUGAUGACAAUGUGAAGUUCGCGGAGAUGGGUGCCUUCUUACUUGACGAUGAGAUUAACUCUCUUCAGAUAAAAAUCACUACUUUAGAAGCAGGAUUAGCAGCUGCGAGACACCGUAUCUUGAGAAUAGGUGCUCACUCUGAGAUCUACAUGAAAUGGAAGGAAAGACAGAGUUGGUGGCAAAUGUGCAAGGGGAUGCUGUGGAGAGCUUGUUUCCGUUUUUUAGAUAGUGCGGAAUUGCUACUUUAGUUUUGGAUGGCGUGAAUGCAUUAUGUGCUAGUUGACUACUGUGUCUAUUGAGUGUAACCGAUCAGCACCUAUGUCUAG